AUGAAGCUCAAGCUGGUGAUUAAUGGAUCCGAGUCGCCAGAAGACUAUAAACUGCUGAAAUCCACGAUUUCAACGGUGGCGGCGCUGCGAAAAACGGCCGUUUUAAGGUUCAGCAGCGAGCGGUUGGUGGUAGUGUCCACGCCGAACUCCUCAACGUCCAACAGCUCAAUUCUACACGGUGAUAACGGCCAACUGUGGUGCACAAUCCCGAGAGAUGUUUUCGCUGCUUACGAAGUGGUCAGUGCUCGAGAUCUCAACACCAUCGCGAUGGAAUGCAGCUGCGAUGCGUUACAGAACAUCUUCAAAAAAUACGAUCGCAGCAUAAACCAGGGGAAUGACAGCAACUUGACCAUCAAAUUGCAGAGUAUGCCGGAGUGGAACGUUAGCGUGACUUCUAACGCGGACGGAAAAGCACCAUUGAAGGUCAAUCCGGUGUGCGCGCUGGGCGUCACAUUCGAGGAAGCUAUCAACACGAAUUCCGACGCUAACGCUGUGGCGCGAAUGGGAGGACCAGCCCAUGGCAAUACAACCAAGGUAAUAUCGCAUUCUUUCAAAGUACCCACUAAGCUGCUUUUUCGAGCCCAGGAUGCUAAAAUCCAGGAACCCAUGAUCAAUUACACUCAGCUAAUGAUGUAUAGGCUCCCGACACCACAGGGAGAGUGGGGAGCCGGAUUUCAGAGCUUCAUACGACGCAUAGAACGGUAUUCUAACGUUCAUAAUAUAAAGCUCAGCGGCAUGAAGUUCUGGCAACUUCAAGACAGCCGAGCAAGCGAUCACGAGCUCAAGAUCAUCGUCGAUGAGCUCGACUGGUCGCUUGAAAUCUGCUGGAACGGACCCCUAGACGCUAUGAUCCAACCACAAGCAGAAAACGAAGUCGCUGUUGCCCCCGACGAGUCUCGAGCGGACCGCGACGGUGGGAACGUCGAGGUCGACGUGGAAGCGAGUCGAGAUCAAAGUCUAUUUAUCGAGGAAAGUGAGUCGCUAGACACCGAAAACACAGCCGCAACGGAACAAAUGCAUAACGCGCACAGUGGUGCUGCUUCUAUGCAGGCGGACUCCCGGUCUAAACACGAAGUUGUGAUACGCAGUAGAGAUUGGAAAGUAUGCUCUAAGCUCUAUGAGGCGUUUGAAGAGGUUGUGCUUGCCAUCUCGCACGACGAGUCGUGCGUUUUUCAUUGCACACUUCCGCGAGGGAGCGUCGAAGACGAGGAUGGAGAAAGGCCGCGUGAGCACGGUCAAGUCAUUUAUUACAUGGCGAGGGUUAAAAGGGUAUAA